UCAAGCCUUUUAAGUUGACAAUUAUGGAUUCGGAUCAAUUAGCUGCCUACUAUUAUCAAGAUGAAGAGCAAGUAAUAUGCGGGCAAGUGAUACCGUCUAUUACAGAAGAUUACAAAGAAACGGAAUUUCCAUCAAUGGUGGACCGUUUCUUUACACGAUACUAUUAUCUCAAAAAAGGGGCCGAUCUGGCGCCGUAUAAAGUGCUUUUUCACUCUAAUCGUGUUUGUUUGAUUUGCCUAGCCAACGAACAUCCGGCGUUUACCGAAGGGAUUGCUAGCGUUAAUUUUGAUAUUGGACAUUCGGACCGGAGUAAAAACGCGGUUAAAGGUAAAGCAAAAAAAGGCGGCAUGGUUUUACAGGCUGACUCAACUUUGGCGUUGUUAACGACUAAAACAAGCAAAGUUUACAAAAUUCCCAGUUGUGUCCGUAGUAAACUAAUCGAAGUUAAUGUCGAUUUGCAGACUUGUUGCGAAAAGCUGCAAGCGCCCGAAGGCGAAGGUUUUAUAGCAAUUGUGUUACCUAAACCGGAACAUUGCGAAGAAAUCAAAGCCGGCCUUAUGACACAAGAACAAUAUGAUGAUUAUUUGCGUACGAUUAAAGAAGAUAAAGCGGAAUAAACAUUUUGUGUUAUGGGCUCAGAAUUGUUAUUGGUUUUGCAAUUAAAUAAAUCUUGAAAGAGUUUCUA